AUGUCAGACAUUGACGAAAUUGAAUAUAGCGGGAGCUCAAAACAGGAAUCUGGCUCAUAUCACUUCUCCACUGAGCCGCCAGGAACUCCUCCUACCAUAACAAAUGAUGCUGCCGAACGCAGGCAUCGUCGCUCUGUGAGCGAACAACUUUUCUCGGUACCGACUUUCUCCAACUUCUCAUCAAGAGCUUUUCAUCGAGGUCGGCAUCGUAAAAGAACAGCUGUCGGGAAGAGUGAAGAGGAGGGCGAUAGGGAAGAAGACGUGGCUAGUUUUGGUGAAGGGACUGGUGGAGGGAGUUUGGGUGGUUUCCAAACAGGGUGGGAGUAUGGUGGAAGGUCUGGUCUAGCGACAUAUUAUAGCGACUUUUCACCGUUCGACCGGAAUCUGGAUGCCACGAAUCAGCAGCAAUCAAGUGCAGGGCGUCAGGGUGGUGGCGCUCACUUUAAGCAGGCUCUCAAGAGGACUGUAAAGAAGGCACUUACUACGUCAAAGCAGGAAGAUGAAGGGAAUGCGGAAAGCUCGCUAAAUGAGAGUUCUAUGCUCGCCCGUGAUUCGCGCCGUCGAUACAAAAAGGCGUCCGAGGACAGAAAGCGCCACACAAGACUUACUGCGUACGGCGCUGAACACCACGAUGUGAAGAGCAAAAGUGACGAUGAAAUCCCUUGCGACGUCCCCACCAUCCUGGAGUCGGACACCGAUGAACAACUGCCUGAUCAUCAACGCAAGCAGAACCGAAUUCGUGUGUCUUUGGCUGACUUAUUUUUGAAAAUGAAAAGGUCGAUUUCAAUGCACUCGCUUGAUGAGCUUCAAGUCAUUGAAAAACAUACACUGAGGUCCGACAAACUUAUUGGAAGAGCUUACGUUGCCCUGAAUAGAGGCGAAUCAGUCUACACCCACGAGGCGCCCAUUCGGUACUUCAGCGUGAGAAAGGGAGACACUCGAGUCCUGGGGACCCUGAGCCUCGACACCAGCGUCGAAUCCAGUCUCAUUACAUCCCUGGAUGGGAGUAGCUUGUUUGGAUCCCUCGAUGAACAGGAGCGCCUAAGUGAGGAAAUCAGCGCAAAGACCACCACUUCUACAUCCAAGAAAUCAUCCCUACGUAGGAAUCUGGUCAGGAGGUUUGCUUCCCAUGUUCACCGUCAUCGAUUUCAUCGAUCAAAGCAGAGGAAUCAGAUACAAAGCUCCAAGGAAACUUUAUGUGAACACUAUAUUGGACACGAAGGCACAUUCUAUUUCUCCCCAUAUGAAAUCACCCGACGCUUCCUUGAGACAGAAUCUGCUGCUCCUCCGCCUAGUGUUACUUGGCGUCCCUUUUUCGAUUGGCCAGGUAAUCGGUCUCUCUAUCUUCCCAUGGUGCCCAUCCAGCGACGCUAUCCAGUCCGGUUCUGGGAACUGCGUAUCCCAAAGCUAGCUUGGCCGAUUGAAUUUCUCCUUCCAAUGACUCGCCUUGCAUUCCCCACUGCCAAUCUCGUUGACUCUCUCGACGUUAAAGAUACUGUAAAGUUAACGAAGAUUGUAGAAAGCGGAUUAGUGAAUAUAUUCUUGGUUGGCGCUAGGGGACUACGGUCAAUACCUCAGGUUGACAUGAUAUCUGGAUGCGGACUAGAUGAAAAAGGAGGAGGAGGCGGUAAUGCGAUGGGAAAUUCCUUCAAUGGAGGGGACGCAGCAACUGAGUCACUCGGAGCGGGAGGAGCAGCUUUAAUGGGAACCUCACCGGAGACCAGAGCAGCCUCCUUGGUAGCGUUGCACUGGGCGGCCAAAUCACUCACGGUCUCACCGUCCCCUCAAGUGGUACUUUCGUAUGGACCAGAAAAAAGGGCAAGUAGUGUGGUGAAAAAUAACAGCAAUCCUGACUUCCUGGAGGAAUUCGAAUUUAAACUAACAAAUGGCGCACCACGAUUUAUAAAGAUAAUUGUCUAUGACAGAGAAACUCAGACGGGAACAGGCGGGAUUCCGCGUAACUCUAUCCUUGGCGAGACUGUAAUCGAUCUUGCAGACAUGCCAAUCGAGUUAACACAGAAGAUGGAAGUGCAACUGCUAAAAAACUCUAAUGAGGCCAGGCUCUUAAUGUUCGUAACCAUUACCGGUUUGAACACCGCAAUCAGAAGUCCAGUUCAAACUCCGCCUUCCAUGAUUUCCUCUCCCCGAUCAGUCAUCAGCGGAAACGGAAGUCCAACUGAACGAGAUGAGAAGCCUUCUUAUCCCUCCCUGCCCAUGAAUUACCUACAUCCGUUAAUGGAUAUCCACGGCAUAAUGAAGAUAACGGUAAUCGAAACCGAGAAAAGUAAAAUGGAGGUUAUCGGAGGUCUUGCCAUACACCCCUUACGUUUACUACAACAACGCUUUGAGCACGUAAAGCCGCUGCUUGAGCUCAUACGCUGGUGUGGACGGGUCCUAGACGAUUGGUGGCUGUGGAAAAACCCUUUGCACUCCAUUCUCGGUUUAAUUGGCUACCAGCUUCUAAUUUACUACUUUAAGCCAUUUUUCAUCCCACUUUACAUGGUGCUGGUCCUCCUGAAGAAUCGUAUCUACAACCGUGGUGGGGUAGACAGUAUCAUUUAUGGAUUAAAGUACAAUAAAACUGCUGCAAAGCUGGCUUCACCACAGGAACACGAGAUUUACAAACGUCAAUAUGAGAUGAUAGAACAGUAUAUGGUACAAGGGGCAUACAGUCGAAGUCAGAGUUGGAGCCCAAGAGAAAACGGAAACGAAGGAGAUGAUCUGGACCUAUUUGAGCAAUCAUCGCUAACGCUUGAUGACGAUGCUGUUAAAAAGUUUUCUAGCGCUGCGAAGAAUAAAGAUGACUCCGAUGCCCCGAAUCUGUACAAUCUCACUCUGCCGGAGUUGUCAGUAAGUCUCAAUAAAUUCACGAAGGCAAUCCUUCGUCCGAACUCCGUAAGGCACAAUGAAUUCAUGGACUUCCUCUCCCGAGUCCCAAAUCUUAUUGAUUCGGUUGAGUUGGCCGAAUACCGACCAGACGCAUUCACUAUUGCACCAAAGGGGAAGACACACAGAAGUUGA